CACGGUUAGGACGCGUCACGUCACGUCACACAGACUCUCGAUAGGAAACGAGCGAACGUAGUAAUUCAAUAAAACGCGUGCGCGUUCCCGGCCGAGAGAGAAAGAGAAAGAGGGAUAACGAAGAGUGACAAUUAUCGAUAAUGACACGUUUCUGUUGAUGUUUCUUUUGUUUCGAAAGAUUGUGAGGGAUCUAGUCCAGUGCGAAAUAGAAGAAAUUGAAACCGAGGUGGCAGGAUCCGAGAAGACAGUGAUUGGUGAUCGGCAAAUCGGGGGAUUUGAGCGAGUUUCGAAAUCGUUGAAAUAGGAGAAGUGCGAGUGCAUUGUCUCCGCCGAUUUUUCGUAUCGCGUCAGGGCAUAAAUCGCUUUGAUUACGAUCAGACACAUUGUUCGGAUUUAGUCGGAGCGAGUGAAUCGCGAGAAGGACGAAGGUUGAGCGUGGCUCGGGAGCGUCGGAGCAUACGCAAAUCUGGAGAAAAAUACGUGCGAGAUAAAGAGAAUAAUAGAAAUUGAUUUUGCCCGGAGGAUCGUGGAGUCUGAGCGGGGAAAGCGGGUCGAAAAGGGUUCGAUCGGAGCCACCGGAAGGGUCGAGAUCGAGGCGCGAUCGUUGUCAGUUCCGUGGUCGAAUUUAUCCGGGUAACGCGCGAUAGCACGGGGUGGGAAGCCACAAAAUUUAGUCGAACCUACUGAAGAGAAGACACCGAAAAACGGAGAGAUCGCGAGUGCGAAAGAGACGCGAGUGAUCGGUACUAAUCUUUUGGAGGAAACAGCCGCAGAGGGAGGCGAAAAAAUCGUGAAGCAAACGAUAAAUAUCGGGAAAAAAGGGGGAGAAAAAAGACGCUCGUGGCUCGCGAUAUACCGCGAUAUCACAUGCGGGAUUGACGCCAAGGAUGUUCUCGUAUUAAAGCAGGAGGACACAAGUGUGUCCCCCCAGGAGAGAUGGCGUGCAGAUUAACGUACGAGAGAACCGCUACGAGCACGAUACUUGUCCUGCUGGUACUGCUCGAGGCGGCACUGGUCCUGGAACAAGUGAACGGGGCGCCAGUUCAGCAGCAGCAGCAGCGCAACGACGUAUUGGCUGGUACCGAGUUCCUCUCGGUUUUCAUAAACGGAGCAAUGGCUCCGGUACCGGUGGCCCCGCCGUCGCAGCGACGUCGUGGUUACCGACGAGGCGGUGGUCUGCAUUCGACGAGUGACAAUGUCGCGGCGGAGUCGCGACAGAACGAAGCCUCGAUCUACAGAAUAUCACGCGCGCCCUCGAGCCCAAGGCCGUUCGUGACGAGGUCGGGUCACCGUGAAGAAAGUCCACGACUGUUGACGAUCCAUCAGCGUAAAAUCGACGCUCACAACGGGCCGGCGACGCUGUCAGGGGAGGCUGGAAAUUCGGGGGAAAUCGGUACGAACUUGAAGCAGGAACAUCAGCACCGAGGGCACCAGACGCCACGGAUAAUCCACCAGGCUCACCAAGGCCAGAAGACGUCGACGCUGCUCAAUCGCGAAACGAUCGCGAAGUCGAACUUCACCGAUCACUCGAGUUCGUUCGGCAACACUGUGAACGGGAGACACCGUCCGAACAGCAGAAAUUUCAAUCAAAAGGUCAUCGGCGUCAGCGUGACGUCGACCGUGGAAGCUACGCCGUACAGAGUCCGGGUCGAGCACCACGACUCCAACGGCAAAUCGAGCCUCUUGACGCGCCCACCGAUCCAGGAAGCGACCUCGAGCACGGGCUUCGACGCAGAAUCCGAAAAAACGAGCCACGGAACAACGCCGAGUACGAGCACCGCAACGAGGACGACGACGACGGCGAGAUCGACGACGACCGUCACGCCCCAGCCGGCUCACCUCGUCACCGAGGAACUGAGCAACAUCGUGUCCGAGUCGAACAGAAGCGAAUUUUCCGUCGACGAGGGCUUGCCAAAAACGAGCUGGCGCAACAAGUCCCCGGUGACAGGAAGUUCGGUCAUCGAACGGAGCAGCACACUUUCCCCAGCUUCCGCGUCCCCCUCGCCCCCUCUUAGCUUCACCCCAACUUCAUCUCUUUCCCGAAUUCAUAACCACCCUUCGGAUUCUCAAGAAACGAGCACCAGUCUCGAGCCCGUUGAAGAGAGCUACGAAAUGGCCGAGGAGAAUUCCGAACCCCUGGAGAUACACAAGGAGCCUCCGGAGGUACCGGAGCAAGUGCACCAGGCCCGCAAAGCCGGCAGACACUACGAGGCCUCUAUCUACAACCAUCCUACCAAAGUCUAUCCCCAGUCGGCCAAGGCGUACGAAAAGUCGUCGAGAUCGUACGGCGAGGGUACCAGGAACAUGUAUUCCCAACCGGAAGUAAACUACGGGGAACCAGCCAGGGUUUACUCCGAACCAGCGAAAGUUUACGGGGAACCGGCGAAGGUUUACAGCGAACCGUCCAAGAUUUACGGCGAGCCGGCCAAGGUUUACGGGGAGCCUGAAAGAGUCUACGGCGAACCGGCUCAAGUUUACUCGGAACCGGCGAGGGUCUACAGCGAGCCUGCCAAAGUUUACAGCGAGCCGGCGAAGGUCUACAGCGAACCGAGCAAGAUCUACGGUGCGGACGGAAGACCCGUCGUCCACAGGAUCCAUCACGAGGAGGAGCCGGAAGAGGAGAACUACGAAGUCGACGAAGCCGUCAGCGUCGGGAGCAACGGCAACGUUCACGGGCCCCAGAUCGUCACCGAAUCCUCGCCCAUCACGUCCUCGAAAGCUCCAACCUCCGCCUCGCAGGACUCCAGCGACGGUCACAAAGUCGGCUACGUCGUCGAGGAUCGCAACUAUCGAAAGUACAGAGUCGAGGAGAGAACGCCCGAUGGAUUCAUCGUCGGGGAAUACGGCGUUGUCAGCCACGACGACGGCUCCCUUCGAGGCGUGCGUUACACCGCCGACGGUACUAUCGAUCCCCGGCUAAUUUACGACGCCCUCAUGAAGUUUCUCGCUCUCUGAGAUCGCCGAAUCGGCGGAGGAGUUUUUUUCAUUAAUCGUAGAUUCAUAUGAACGGUGAUGAGAGACCUCGCGGUACUAAAGUUUCGUUUUUAAAUGAUCAGCGGAUACGAAAAAAUGGGAAUGUGGAGAUUUUCACUCGAGGGCUCCAAGCGGCACGAAAUUUUAUUUCAAAUUUCACAUUCGUUUGUUCAUUUUAAAACGAAACGAGAGCCUAGGCACAGGAAGGUGUCCGUGCGACGUCGGUUAACCGAACGACUGAUUAUUCUUUUUCCUCCUCAAAAUCUCAACUCUUGAAUUCUUCGUUUUCCUUUCCUCCUCACUCCAAUUUUUUCCUCAUUUCGUAAUUUCGGUACCCCUGCUCUUGCCAACUCAACUGCCUCACUCGUAAUAUUUAAGCGGCGAAUCCCAGGGUACGUUCGAACGUCGCAGGGAGGAUCGACGCGCUCUUUCGUCCUCGUUUCCUGUUUCUCGUAUCCUGGGACCGGCCUAGAUUAGUCAGAAGGAAAGAUUUUCCAUUGGGGGGUCCCCGACGACGACGUGGACGAGUUGACUCCUCGAAGUGCGCCUGCGUCUUUGGUUCAACGGUGCAGGGACCGUAGAUCGUUGAACGAACGGGCUCGUCGCUUGUGCAAUAAGCGAUGGUACGAAUGGAUCGUGCUUUUUCUCCAUUAAAUACGAAGAAAAAGAGGUUGCGAGAGAUAGAGAGAAAAAAAGAUACGCCAAAUAUACCAACGCGAGUUGUGAAGAGAGCGCCUGCCUCCCGGAGAUUAAGUCAGUAAGCAAGAGUCAAUCGUGUCAGUCGCGCGAGCUGCUUACCCCAUCAAUCUUAGCCCAAGAUAAGAGACACAAUGUAACGUUUUAAUGUACAGUUUGAUCGGCGGAGACGACGAGCGGACAGGGAACAAAACGACCAUCGUCUUGAUGGAUCGCGAUGAUUCGCAGCGCAGAGUAAAAUAAUUUCGCUUCGAUGAAAGUACGAUGAAAAAUAAAAAAUUAAAAAAAAAAAAAAAAAAACGAAUCUCCUGUACUCGUGUGUCGUGACAGCUUCUGUGAUGAACAAGUACGUUUGGUGAAUCGCAGCAGCCCGAGCCAACCGGAAACGCUGCGGAGCAAAACAGUUUCGUCGAAUGGCUCAACUUGACGAGUGAAAGAUUUUGGUUAGGCAGUGAGAACGCCCACAAAUUCGAUGUUCCGGGGCGAUGAUCGAUUUAUCAAAUAAAUCUUUCGUCCCCAGGCUCCGCUGCUGCGAUCAUUCAAUUAGAAAUUAUGAUUUUAUUUAAGUGUGUACCACGAUCGUACGACUUGUCACGGCAGCUCUCUUGACGCUACGUGCUAAACAACGAAAGUAAAAAUUAGAGUGCGGAUGAGAAGCGGAUCCUUCGUCGCGUACGAAAACUCACGGUUCAGGGUGAGAACUUUAGUGCCUAAGACGCCUCGCGGCGUUAAUAAAGUGUAUCUCAAUCGACGAGACAAACUUUCCCGCAUGGGGGAGGGUUAUCACUAUAUACAGUGCUUCGUAAUACUCUAUUUGUUAUUAUUUUAUAUGAUUAUUAUUAAUAUUAUUCGCAUUCGUACGUAGAUGUUAAUUAGUUCGUUGUCCUCAUUACCUCAAUUAUUGAGAUAGUUCCUCACGCUCCUUGACGUAGCAAUAUUGGAUUAAUUACCGAGGAUCUUGCCAGAUUCGUCGUUGACGUAAAUCGUCUUACAUUCCCCAAAAUUCGUCUCUCGCUCAUUCUCUUCUUCCAUUAAAUCGUAUAUUUACGUUUUUUUAGAUGCGAUCCUCAAGCAAAUCGAAAUACGUGACCAUUUCUCGGGAACCGGAAAUGGCCAGCGGAACUCUCGUUUCGGUAUGUCGCCGUAAUUUUUACAUUUUUACAAAAUCUUUCGACGUUUCCGGUCUCUCGAACGGGAAUAUUUCCUAUUGAAAAUAUGACACGAGACGAGGAUCUUUAUGCUCAUAUUCCGACGAUCCUCAACCAUCGAGCGUUCUUUUUUUAAUUCUCAUAUCGUUACUCAUGAUGAACAUUAUCGAAUGCCCAAUGCUUAGUCACGUAAGUGUAUUUUGGAUACGUAAGAUAUAUGCAAUGUAGGUAAUAUUUACUGUAAAAGCAUAUGCGAUUGUAACGUGAUGCGAGUUCGUGUGCCACCGCCAUUUUUUUUGUCAGAAAACAUUUUUUUUAAUAAAUCCAUUGUCAUAGAAA